UUGUGGACGGAGGAAACGCAGACAACGAGCUGAGCACCUGCUGAGCGAAUAUACACAGCAACAGACAAACGAGACAAACAGCUGUCGAGAUGAAGGCCACGCUCGCCACCGUCACUCUCCUGGUCCUCGCUCUUGGCUGGACUUCUGAGGCCGUGCAGAUCGAGGAGAAUGGGUUGUCGUUCUCCCUGGAGGCCGUCAAGAGGCUCCAGGAGCUCACGGUGAGCCGGGGCUCACCAGGGCCGCAAAACCCUCGACUCAGGGCGAGCACCGUGUCGGUCUGCGCCGACCCCAUGCUGCCACAGGAGUUCCUGCCGCUCUGCAAGCAGAGGGGAGCGUCAGCAUCUCUCUCCAGACUAGCCCUGGUUCCCCUGGACGUCUGUGAGAUCUGUGCCUUUGCCGCCUGCACCGGCUGCUGAACAAACGCAGCUGACCACAUCUUGCCGAGCUUAAGACUUGUGAUUUUUUUCUCUCUCCUUCAAAGCUAUUUCAGGGAAUAUCAAAUUCUUUUGCCCCCAAUGACGAAACGUUCUUUUUCCUCAAUACUGAGGUUCUGACCCGGCCCACUGGAAACUUCAUAAAUUUAAAAGUUGUCUUUUAUUUUGUAUGUUUUGCUUUUGCAAACUGUUACUUUGUAGCAUAGUUACAACUUAUUUUUCUGCGGAAAGUUCUCUCACAUUAAUUUAAAUUUUUGCAAUUACACUGUUUGUUACAUCUUACCAAGCUUUAUAUAUGUAUUUAAAGGAGGUUCUUUUUGAAUUCUUCUUCUCUUUUUUAUUUGGAUAGUUUUGAAUAAAAAGCCUUCACUGAUAAA